AUGCAAGAAGCCCGCCACCUAGACCAACUUGGUUUGCGUGAAGCCCCUGCGGCUGUCGUGAAUGUCGCUUUGCACAAGGAGAGGUUUUGCCAGCAUCAAGUUCUGCUUGAAGGGCUUGUGGACAAGUUGAACUCCACGUUGUCCAGCAUCAUCCCAGCCCACAACAGCUUAUUGUCGCGACAAAUAGCUGAGCUCCAUAGGGCAGUUCAUCCUGGUCUUACUACCUUAAAUUGGACAAGCUUGGGGCUGGAGGAUUUCGUCAGCUCGUGCCUGAAGUCUUUGACCAUCUUCAAAGCUACGUGCGAGCAAGUUUUCAAGAACGUGGAAAUCAUUGAACAAAUUGUUAAGGAGAUCGAAAACGCACAGUUGGUUAGAGACCUUAAUUGGGAGUCUUUUGAACCCUUUGCGAUACAGGACUUCUACGAAUACAUAGAGGAACACAGAGCUCGCGUAGUUGAAGGACUUCAAGGCAGAUAUGAGUCAAUAACCUCCUACCUGAAAAAGAUUGAAGAGCUGCUCGAGGGCAGGAUGACUGGGUCCAGCGAAGCGAUGGCUUCUUACUACCAUUACUGGGAGCGUCGAAUUUUUAAUGCUAUAGCAACGAUGCUUAUUAGAGGUGCGUUCCCAUCCAGCAGCUUCCAGGGGGUGACGAGACAGCAGCAGUUCAGUUUACUUUCUACAAUGAGGUUGCCCGAAUACCGGCGCUCAUCAGUAGCACCGUUGCAACGCAUCAAGCCAUCCAAAGGGCAUUCCAGGUAA